AUGGGUCACUCGCACGGUUUGAGAGCCGGUACUCGGUAUGCCUUCAGCCGUAACUUCAAGGAGCACGGUGCUAUCCGUCUGUCGACCUACCUGAAGACCUACCGUGUUGGCGACAUUGUCGAUAUCAAGGUCAACGGUGCCGUCCAGAAGGGUAUGCCCUACAAGGUCUACAACGGAAAGACCGGUGUCGUCUACAACGUGACCAAGUCCUCCGUCGGUGUCAUCAUCUACAAGGUCGUCCGCAACCGUUACCUCGAGAAGCGCAUCAACGUCCGCAUCGAGCACGUUAAGCACUCCCGCUCCCGCGAGGACUUCAUCAAGCGUGUCAAGCUCAACGCCGAGAAGAAGCGCCAGGCCAAGGAGCAGGGUGUCCACCUCCACCUGAAGAGACAGCCCCUCCUCCCCCGCGAGGCUCACCACGUUGAGGGUUCCGCCCCUGAGACCAUCACUCCUAUCCCCUACGACACCCACAUCUAA